UCAAACCUAGCCGCCUCACUUUUCUCCCCAAGGUGCCGCUCGCCCAUUUCCUCGCCGGCGAUGCUGCUCAUGCUGGCAUCUCCCACUCAUCGCGUUAGGAUGAGGAACAUGACUUCUUCAAGGGCCGGUUCAAAUACUAACAUACCAUGCGAUCCCUGGCAGAUUGGCUCCUGCAGCAAAGAUUGAUCCGCGGCUAUUCCAUGAUGCAGGGUUUUCUCGAAGAGCCGCACCGGCGAGUUGGAGCACAGCCGCACAGGGUCACGCGAGCGGCAAAGUUUUCUAGGAUUUAUACGUAUCCUUGCCCAUUCCUGCAUGUAUGGCUGUAUGAUGCCUCGAGAACGACCAGGCACUUCACGUCUGUUACUGUCAGCAGUUGUACAGAUAUUGCAUCCUCACGGAAGAGGGAUCCCAUGAAGAUGAAGGGUACACAGCAUACUCGACAGCUGACUGAUUGCAGUAGGCCAGCUUAA